AUGCCCCUGCCUCAUCAACCACCCCAGCUUCAGCAACCACCCCAGUCUCAGCAGCGCCACCAACAACCAGGCAAAAAGAUGGCUUCACCAUCGUUCGAAUACUUUCGCUCGUCUUUCGACAAUGUCUUCCAAAUAUUACCCCAAGGACAUGAAAAGGCCCUCAAAAAGGCCCUAUACAAUACUGCGGCUAAUUUCUUUGUCAUUUUUGCUAGUCUGGUCGUUGUGGCCGGCUAUUUUGUCCUGCAAGCCUUUCUAAGGCCGCUCCUCUGGGCCGUCCUGUGUGGUACUUUCCUCUAUCCAUUCAAAAGAACACUGACCAGUGGCCUGAGGAGUUGGCUACAGGGACUUGACCAAUCCGGGACUCCUUUUGCUGCCGGAUUGGUCCUGUUGCCCCUCAAAUCCGUCCACGAUGUGUCCGAAAUGACUCUAUUUUUUCUUGGAUUUAUUCUUUCUUCGUUUUUCUCUACGCGGCACUUGAUUACUUUAAUUCAGUUUGGUUCCUUUCUCUUAUUUUCUCUCUUUUUGCCCCUCCUCCCUUUCUUGCCUCCCUUUUUGCCCCCUCCUCACUUUCUUGCCUCCCUUUUUGCCCCCUCCUCCCUUUCUUGCCUCCCUUUUUGCCCCCUCCCUUUUUUAUCAUUCAAUUUUUGCUCCCUAUGCAUUUAUUGA